AUGACUGAAGAGAGCAGGUUCUGCAAAAAUUGUAAACGAGAUGUGUCUGCUGCCAAUUUCUCCCUCCAUGAGGCCCACUGCUUGCGGUUUCUCACUCUCUGUCCAAAAUGUGAUGAACCAGUUGCCCAAAAGGAUAUGAAACACCAUCAAAUGGAAGCACACAAGCAGGUCAGAUGUACUCUUUGUCACCAAAGCAUGCAGCAAUACCAGCUGGAACAUCAUGAGACCGAGGAAUGCCACAAACGAGCAAUGAAAUGCGAGAUCUGUGAGCUUGAAAUGCCCUUCAACAAGCUGCAGGAACACUUGAACACCUGUGCCAGUCGAACAGAGUGGUGUUGGGAGUGUAACAAAUACAUCAUGUACAAAGACCAGAACAAACACAAAGAUAUUUGUCAGAACAGUGGUCUGUCCUAUCAUAAGGAUGUGAAUUUUCAAACCAGUGAAGCAUCCACUAAUGCAACGCUUAUUUUCCCCACUGGUACUGGUGGCAAUCUUUGUUGGAAGUGCAGUAAGUCAUUCCCAGAUGACCAGUUCUCCCAACAUCAGAAUAAAUGCAGUGCAGCCCAUAAGCCGACACAAGAUCUUGCUGGUCAGUCAACUUCAAAACUCAGCAGUGACCCACCACAGUCUUCUUCCUCCCUGGCACCGUCUUCCCGCUCCGAGAAUGCGAUGGUGUGGAAAGAUGUCCGUCCCAAAGGGAAAGAAAGGGACCAGUCAUUGACCUGCAAAUCCUUGCUUAAACCCCCAAAGAACAAAAAGAUUGACUUUCCCUCUCCCACAAGAGGCAGACUUUCCACAUCACCUCAAGCUCUGAAAGUCACCCAGUCUUUUGAUCAGCUUGCAACCUGUGCCCAUUGCAACAUUCUUCUGCCUCUUCCAACCCUUCAGAAACAUGAGAUCAAAUGUCUACGUUUGACAUCUUUGAAAAAUGCUAGGAUGAAACAAAAAUCAAGCAAUGGAGAAAGAGGUACUACAGAAUUUGAGAAAUUUAGAAUGGAAUUCACCAUUCAGGAUUAUUCUACAUUGGGUUAA